GGGUCCGCGCGCUCCUCCUCCUCUGUUUCUCUCGGAGUCCAGGCCCCGCCUGUUUCCCUCCCCUAGGGCCUCCUCAGCCUGCUCCUGUUUCUGCGCCUCUGCUACUUCUGCCGAAGGCGGAGGAUCCAUGUUGCCCCCUCAGCGAACGGCAGCGGUGGCUUCGAGAGGAGCAGGUGAUGCCAUGGAGAAUGGAAAACCUGGUCCAGUGCAGGUUGUUUUGGUUCACAAAGAGCAACAUUCCUUUGAGCUAGAAGAGAGAGCGUUGGCCAGCAUCCUCCUGCAGGAUCACAUCCGAGAUCUUGAUGUGGUAGUAGUAUCAGUGGCUGGUGCCUUUCGAAAGGGCAAAUCCUUCAUUCUGGACUUUAUGCUACGAUACUUAUAUUCUCAGAAUGAAGGUGGUCAUUCAAAUUGGUUGGGUGAUCCAGAAGAACCACUGACAGGAUUUUCAUGGCGAGGAGGCUCUGACCCAGAAACCACUGGGAUUCAGAUUUGGAGUGAAGUUUUCACCGUGGAGAAGCCAGGUGGGAAAAAGGUUGCAGUUGUUCUGAUGGAUACCCAGGGGGCAUUUGACAGCCAAUCAACUGUGAAAGAUUGUGCUACCAUCUUUGCUUUAAGCACCAUGACUAGUUCUGUUCAGAUUUACAAUUUGUCCCAGAACAUUCAAGAAGAUGAUCUUCAACAGCUACAGCUCUUCACAGAAUAUGGACGUCUGGCAAUGGAUGAAAUUUUCCAAAAACCCUUCCAGACACUGAUGUUUUUGAUUCGAGACUGGAGUUUCCCUUAUGAAUACAGCUAUGGACUGCAAGGAGGAAUGGCAUUUUUGGAUAAGCGAUUACAGGUGAAGGAACAUCAACAUGAAGAAAUUCAGAACGUUCGAAAUCAUAUUCACUCUUGUUUCUCGGAUGUUACCUGUUUUCUUUUACCACAUCCAGGGCUCCAGGUGGCCACAAGCCCUGACUUUGAUGGGAAAUUGAAAGAUAUUGCUAGUGAAUUCAAAGAACAGUUGCAGGCACUGAUACCAUAUGUACUAAACCCAUCUAAGUUAAUGGAAAAGGAGAUCAAUGGCUCAAAAGUCACCUGCCGAGGACUGUUGGAAUAUUUUAAGGCAUAUAUUAAAAUUUACCAAGGAGAAGAUCUGCCUCACCCAAAAUCCAUGCUUCAGGCCACUGCUGAAGCCAACAAUUUGGCAGCUGCAGCCUCUGCCAAAGAUAUUUAUUAUAACAACAUGGAGGAGGUUUGUGGGGGAGAGAAACCUUAUUUGUCUCCAGACAUUUUAGAAGAGAAGCACCACGAAUUUAAACAGCUUGCUCUAGAUCACUUUAAGAAGACCAAAAAGAUGGGUGGGAAGGAUUUCAGCUUCCGUUACCAGCAAGAGCUGGAGGAGGAAAUCAAGGAACUGUAUGAGAACUUCUGCAAGCACAAUGGCAGCAAGAAUGUCUUCAGCACCUUCCGAACCCCUGCAGUUCUGUUCACAGGCAUAGCAGUAUUGUACAUAGCUUCCGGCUUCACUGGCUUCAUUGGGCUUGAGGUUGUAGCCCAGCUGUUCAACUGUAUGGUUGGACUGCUGUUAAUAGCACUCCUUACCUGGGGCUACAUCAGGUAUUCCGGUCAGUAUCGUGAGCUGGGUGGAGCUAUUGACUCUGGUGCAGCAUAUGUAUUAGAACAGGCUUCUUCUCAUAUUGGUAAUUCUACUCAGGCUGCAGUGAGGGAUGCCAUCGUUGGGAGACCACCUACAGAUAAAAAAGCUCAAUAGCUUCUUAAUGGCAAGAUCCAACAAGAGCUCAGUCAACCCCUGGAUUUCUGCUAAUGCCAUCAUGGGUUCAGUUCCAGAGGAAUGGCAGAUCCGAGACCAUCCUGGAAUCGCUGAGACGGGGCACUGUAAUAAAUGAACUGACCUCUCCUAUGCUUUCCAAUUCCACUUGUCUUGGAAGCAGUUCUUUUUGUUGCUGUUACAGACCCAAGGCUACUCUCUUCUCUGCUUUGUGCACUUUAAGGGGUGGGUGUGGGGGCUAAAAGGAGAACAUAGAAAUGCAGCUUUUAAGUCUUUGAUGUGCCACAUAGUGCCUUUUAAGAUCAGUCCAUGCCUCUGUAGCUGUGAACACUGAGGAAUGGAGGUCAACCUCAUGAAAUGCAGUUUUGGAUCAAGUUUUCUUUUGGAUUUUGGAUUUUAGUUCUUUUGUAUCUUUGAAAAUUUGUUUUUCAAAAGUUUACGCAACUUGAAAAAGGCUCAGAACUAAAGGCCAACUGACAUGAUACACUUAAACAGUUUCCCCUACUAUUGCUGAUUGAACCUAGCACCUGACAUGCUAGGCAGUUGCUCUGCCCUAGAGCUAUCCCUUUCUUAGCCUGCUUGCCUGCAGUCUCAGAGUUUGAAAUUACCCUGUCCCCAGGUUGGUUGUGAACUUUCCAUCUCCUUCCUCCCUCCCUAGCCUCUUGAAUAGCUUGAAUACAGACCUGUACUACCAUCCUUGCUUCAAAAACCUUAUUUAUAUGAAUUAUCUUUGCUAUGCAGCAUGGAAAAGAUUAAGUCAUUUAAUACUUUGUGUUGGAGAAUAUAGGGUCUUUUACACAGUAGGCUGUCAGUUUUGUUGGAAAUUGCUUUUUUAUUUUUAUUCUUGUAGCUUCUUUCUAGAAAAGAGGCAAAUGGUCCUUAAAAGGCCAGGGCUUCAUAAUAAAAGGAAUGAGCUAGA